AUGUCGCAAAGGCUGGCCGCUCUCAAGGCUUUGUAUGAAAGCGGGCAGAAUGAGCCGAUGGAUGCAUCUGUCGACCAAAGUACAACGACGUAUCCUCAUGUUGAUGCAUCGUUAGGCUUGGAUUCUUCCACGUCGCUGGAUUUGUCAAUGCAAGCAGCGCCGCCGUUGCUAUCGUCUACAGACGAUAGUGCGGCGCUUGGGACGUUCCAGGACGAAGAAGCUUCCUCUUACUCCCAUGAUGACACGCGCCCACAGCCCGUGCCUAGCACGCCAGAGCCUGCCUCCAGUUUGUCCCCGAUGACGACGUCCACUACCCCUCACACGGCAGGACGUACGCCAACCCGCCCUACAAGUGCUUCGUCGUCGUCCAAGACACCUAUGGCCGCCACACAAGCCCAGCCGUCAUCGUAUGCGACGCCUACGCGUGGGUCUGAGUCGUCCUGGUCGCACGAAGACUCGUCGUUGUCCACGUCGUUACGUGCGAGUCAACUAGCCCGGAGUCAUGGCGCUUUGGAAUUGCUGGACGAAGAAGACGAGGCUGACGGCGAUGAAAACGCGAACCAAUCGUCGUCAGGGCACUGGGGCGUGCAAGAGAUGCGCCGUCGCACUGCCGCCGGCAUUUCGAUCAAGUCGACGUUGCAGAAAAUCGAGCAAUUGACGGCGGAACGUGAUGACCUGAAAAUUGAGGUGGAUUUCCACCGACGCAACAUGUCGCCUGACGAUGUCGGUGCGGAGGUCAUUUCGCUGCGGCAGGAAAAGCUGGGGUAUGUGCGUCGAUUGCAGCGUAUGAAUGAGCUGGUGAAGAAUCAGGACCAAGCGCUCAAGACGGUCAACCGCCAAGUCAAAGCGUGGGAGGCCAAGUGGGCCGACUACGAAACGCUCCAGGCGCAGUUGGCCGACGCCGAAGCACGUGCAAAAGCCGCGGAGGAGGCGGCGCGUGGCCAGCAUGUCGACGCCGAUGUACAACGACUGGAAGUCGCCUUGCAAGAUGCGCAGAGUGCGCAACGGUCGAUGGAGCGGGAGAUGGACUUGGCACAGGAGCGACAUCGACAUGCGAUGCAGCAGGCGUUACGUGAGCGUGAUGCGAUGGUGGAUGGGAUGCGCGCCGAUCUGGCAGCGACGCAAGAUGCACUGGAACGGGCGCGUGCGAUGCCCAUGUCGCCCUCGCUGCGUCUGUCGCAGGGUCAGGACGUGCAGGCCUUGCAGCAGCAGAUCGAAGAACAGCAUGAGGCUAUAUGUUCGUUGCAGGAUGCGCUGGCCGCAGAGCGACUCAACAUGGCCGAGAAGGAUGGCGAAGUGGAUCGCUUGGAGGCUGGUUUGGAAGAAGCGGAGGCGGUGACAGCCGAUUUGCAGCGGCAAAUCGAUGCGCACAAGGCCUCGGAUGCUGCGGCACAAGCGCGGGUCGAGCGGCUGCAGGACCAGGUGCAGCAGCUUACACAGGAGCUCCGCGACGCACAUCAUCACCAUGACGGUGUCGUAGCCUCGCUCCACGAGAAGCUGGCCUCGUCAUCGUCGCAAGUGGCGGAGCUUCGCGAGGCGGCGGACCGGUAUGCGGCCCAGCGUGCCGACCUCGAGCGUUUGAAUGCGCGUCUGAACGACAAGCUGGUCGAGCUUGUGAAGGACCUCAAAGACGAAGAGAUGGCGCGGGAGCAGGCGGAAGGCGACUGGUCGCAGCGCUACGAUACGAGCGAGGUGCAUACGCGCCGCGCGCUCGGCGCGAAGAAUGCUCUUAUUGAGUCCUUGGAGCAGCAGCUCUCGCAACUGCGGGACGACAAGCGGCGGCACGAGCAUACCAUUGAGCGCCUUGAGCAAGCUGCGCAAGCGGCGGAAUCCUCAACACGGCGCCAGGUCGAUGAGGCACAUGCGCGUCAUCGUCGCGAGAUGGAUCGCUUGGUUCACGAUAUGAAUGAGAAGCUCGGGUCUUGGCAAGAUGCGCAGGACGAAGUUGCGCGUCUUCGUGCCGAGUCCGACGAGUUGGCCACGGCGCUUCAGACAGAAACGCGCACGCGCAUGAACACCGAGGACCGGCUGGACGCUGCGCAGCGUGCGUUGGAAGAGGCCCGUCUGGAUACGGAGCGACUGAAGCUGCAGCGCGAUAUGUCCGCCUCGCCUCGCUCGGGUACCAAUGGACGUUCCGCCAGUGAGUCGCAUGCACGAACGCAGCUCGCUGAACGCAAUGCGCUGCUCAUGACGGUGUACGACAGUGUGGUGCGAGCCCUGGCCGAGGAUGAAGCGGAGGCUGGGCCUGGCGAGUCACGGCUCCUGCAGACCCACUUCUCCACGUUCCAGGACAAGCUCACGCAGCGUCUUCGUCGUUUGGCUUCCCUUCAAAGCCGAUUUACGCAGCGCACGCAUGCGUUGGAGAAGGCGCAAAGCGCUCGUUUGGCUGAUCUUCGACGUGAGCAUGAGGUUCGUUGGCACCAAGUCGAGCGAAUGGAACGUACGAUUCGCUUGGCCACAGAGAAGCAGGCGCAAUGGCGUCGGCGUGUGCAGGACAAAGAGCAGGAGUUGGUCGAGUGGCAGCGUCGGCACCGCGAGUUGGAACACCAACUUGCACGUGCCAAAGACACAGCGCCGAUGGCGACCGCACCCUCCUCGCCGGGCCAGCUGUCUGUGCGUCUCCGUGAAUUGGAGCGGCGAUGCAAGGAGGCUGACGAGCGUGUGAAGCGCGAGCGCGCGGGCGCGAAAGAGCGAGCUGCUCGUGAUGAAGCGCGUAUUCGUCAUCUACAAACGCUGCUGGACCGCCUGUCCACGGCGCCGCCCUGA